CUCGGUCCCGUUUGGGAAAUAGGACAGCGACUUUCUCUGGUUCGGGAGAUGUCGUCUGCUGGUUUUCUUCACUUUCGAAAUAACUCUCACCUCCGGCCGGGAACGGAAGAAACGUGAAGUUCUUUUGCUCCUUGUGAACCGCGCAAAGAGUUCUCUUCGAACGUAAGAAAGUCAGCUGUUGGUGGAUGAUUUAUAGGAUUAUUUUCUUCCCUGCUGUGCUGUGGUCCCAAAUUAUGAUCAUCUUGCCAGAUUCCUUGUGGAUUACAAAACAAAGGAACACAUUCGGAAUUUGAAUACAGGAUAUCAUUUGUUGCACCCAGUACUGAAAGUGAGGAGCUUGAGGAAGGCCAUUUAAACAACAGUGAUGAAGUCUUGAUUGCGUUUAGAUCCCAAGGUGUAUACAAGCAGAAAGCACAAUGCGCCGAUGUGCGCAGAUAGGGAAAACUUCGGAAGGAUCUCUUCAAGGGAUUCAUCUCUUCUCGAUCUCUUCUAAAUCUUACUGUCAGGCUUCAAGUCCUUGUGCUAGGAAGAAACGAAGUGAAGUGAGAUAAAUGUCUCUGGACUCAGAACUUAGCAGUGGAUUCCAGGUGAAAUACCUGGGAUCUGUAUCUUUCACUAGAAAGAAGCGUCAGCCACUUAAGGGUAUUGUAUCUCUCCAAAGGCCCCUUCUUGACCUGUACACUGGCGCGCGUCGGAGAGGUGAGAGUCAUCGCAGCAUUCAUCCUCUCGCUCUUACACAGCAGCUGGAAAUUUGUGACUAUGGAUUGGUGGUGGCUGAAGGAAAUGGGGAAACCGUCAUCACCAAAGUAAUCACUCCACUGUCAAAUGUUAUCCUGUGGGCAGCCGUCCGUUUUCACGCUAGAAUCAUCAAGAAAAGGGUGUUUGGUGCUGCUUUCGUGCCUCUUGCUUGCUCGGAUGGAGUUCUGGACCAUAAAUCUUAUAUAUGUUUGGCAUCUAAACAGAGAUUCCUUGUCAGUUUAACUCAUCCUUCUGUCUUCGCCUGUAUAUAUAGAAAGGUCUCCUCUCCCACAACAUUCGAAUGCCACGCAUUCGUAUGCGCAACUGCGGAAGAUGCUUUAGCCAUAGCUGGGUUAGCCACAUUAGCCAGUCAGCAGAGUGAUUUGCCAACCAUACAACGUCCGCUUUAUCCGAGACAUGGGCCUCCAACAGCUUCGAUUGAGUCUGGAACAGAUUACUAUACCCCUUCUGAUGUUCCAUCUGGUCCUAGGGACAUCCGAGGAAAUGGGUUGCCAAGGGCGACAGACACGGAAGAGGAAUCUAACUCCUACGCUAGCGUUGUUAACAAGACAUCUCCACGCGUGGGUCGGUUCACCCUUGGAGCACGUUCACCUCGCAUCGCAGGCGGUCGCCAGAAGAGAUACACCCACCACAGAGAAGCCCGAGCCUUCAUAGGACGGUGUAAGGCCCCUAGUGCUCCUCCACAUAUCUGGGAUGGGGUACCUUCGAGACAAAGGGAACGACUGGACGACCAGCAAAGGUCAACUUCAAGCUAUGAUCGAGACGAAUCCGAAAGAGCUCCACCUCCAGAUCCCCGUUACCGAGACACGUCCACCAUGACGGAACCCCAAAGUCUGGAAGAGCCAAAUCUCCCACCUCCCACAGAAGUGUUGGCGGAGACCAUCGACCUGAGCAGCGAGUCCUCUUCUUCCUCCGCAACCUCAAGAGCUGGCUGGCGACCUCUAGUGCCCGAAACCAAAGAGGACCCGCCUCUCAUCAAAUACACGUACUUUGGAUACGAGACCUACGCAAGACCGAAUGUCGGGAUCUCUGAGGAGAACAGCAGCUCUUGCUCUACGAGGAGAAGUGCUUUCCAGCGGCCACCCCAUGUUGAAGGUAGGAGAAUGGGAGAGCAGAGGAGAACGAAGACAAGAAGGAAUGUCGAAACCCGUAAAAGCGUCAUCAAAGGGAAUGGCACUGGUAAGGUGACCAUUAAUGUACCAUACAAUCUCCGACCGGAAAGCCGAAACUCGUCUGCUUCCUCAAGAACAGUACCGCACGGUGUACGUUCUUUUCAGAAGAAUGGUCACGUGCGCAAUUGGUCCUCCCUCAGUCAAACAUCUGCUUCGUCGUCUUCUUCAUAUAACAGGGGAAUCGCCACUCUUCCCGCGCAAAGAGUCCAGCAAACCAAAGUCAUCCGUUGGUCAUCAGAGGACAGACUUCCCAGGAGACACAGCGGAGGCUUCUUUUGGAGUUUAAAGCGACUCAGCAUUCAGUCCCUCACUAAAGCCAAACACAAAACAGGAAAGUUCUUGUCAAGCGUCAAAACAAGGAUUAUGGGUGUUAAGAAAUCUUCAGCCGAUGGUUCGGAGGAUUCAGCCUAUGACACCUCAGAAGUCUGCUUAAGUCCAAGUGGCCGUCAGAGGUCUGGAUCUCCAAAUCGUCAACCAGCGCAGGGUAGCGUUGCCCGUCGUCAGCAAUCGUGGAGCUUCCAUGACCUUCGAACUACUGCCGUGGAAAGACCAGCGAUUCGCAGGAACCACCAUCCUCACAGGCGAAAGCAUAGAAGACGUCGUAAAGGAGACUGUAAUACUGCCACAUCGUCCUCAGAUUCUGGUGUCGAAGCCGCUUACCAUUCGGACAAUAGUGCACGCAAAUCAGGCUCCGACCCAAAUGGCAAUGGUGUGACCCGAGUGCAAGUACAACAUGGAAUGGGUACUAGCACCUUCCAUAGAUGGUCUCACACCAACAUUCACGAUGAAUUGGGUUACAUCCCUUGAGUCCAAAUACAUUACCCGAGUCAGAAUAUUUUUAUAUCAGACAGUGAGCAGACUGUAGGCAUCUGGUUUCUACAUGUCUGAACUACUUUCGUUGCGGUAGAGUUAUUAUUUACCGCUGGAGGUGAUUAAUCGAAGAGCUUAUCUUGACAAAGAUAUAUAGUAUGUUGUAUGUGGAAUUAAAAGACAUUUUAUUUCUUAUU